UAGUGUGGAACUUUCAAAUACGACCAGUUACUGACGCACGAUGCCCAUUGGGGAUGCAACCAUAAGAAAAGGGAAAAAAAAGGAGCUCGGUAUACGAGAGUUGUCAAAAAUAGAAAGAACUAGCAUUUUCUACUAGAGGAUUGUUUAUUUAGAAAGGUUUGAGAAGUGUCGCAAUGGGUAAAGCCGGGCAUUUAUUUAAGGAAGAGUAAAAACACAAGGAAUAACAAUGGAUGAUUUGUACACGAAAAUUCAAAUCUUUCUAAUGAAGAAGGAUCGUGAGUACGGACAGUUAAAAUUUCUUUCCUCACGAACAACAGAGGAUAAUAUAAAACAUAUAGAGGAUGUAUGCUGCUCUAUAACAAAUAUUUUUCAAAGUUAUGGUAUCAAAGUUAACGAUCCAAAUAAGAAGGAUGAUUCAGGAUGUAUACAGUCCUUUAAAUACCUUGUCGUCAAUACGAAUUUCAAGGUUCAAGAGCAGUUGUUGGAAGACAUUGUGAAUGGACAUUUGGUUGAUAUGUGUUUACCUCUAUCUCCGUAUCUUCUGAUGGAAGUAUUGUGGUAUCUUGAAUAUGAUGAUAUUCUUGCGGAAUCAAUCCUGCAUGUUCCUGUGGAUCUAUGUGUGGAGUUGCUAGCUAUUAUAAGGAGAUGUAUAGAACUGUUGGAGUUUGAACGAGCAUCAAAACUCAUUAUUACGUUAAUAAGGAAUGUUUAUAAAAUAUUUAUAAGGGCCAAAGAGAUAAGGUUGCAAAUGUUGAACGAGGUAGAGAGUCUCAAAGAGUUGAUGCUUAAUGUAGGAGAAUUGAUUUCUAUGCUUUCUGACUCCAAGUUUACUAAGGUGGAAGAGCUGAAAGGUUUAAAAAAAUAUGAACGAUAUGGUAUUUUACUGAAGAAAACUCUGCAAGUGGCAAAAGAUUGCUUUCAAAAUACCAAAGAAAGUACUCCUAUGGAAUCUGAUAAAGAGAAAUUUUAUAAACUCACAUUCGGUAGAAAUUUUAUAGUACAGUGUGAUUUGUCAAGAUUGGAUGAAUAUAUACUGGAAUUUCAUCAAGCACUGGUAAAUGCACUUUUGAAGAUUAUUAAAGAAAUUGACUGCAAUACUUACUUGGGAUGGGCAGAGCUCUGUGAUCCUAAAAAGAGCAAUUUGUCUCUACAACAGUCAAUAGGAUAUGACUGUUACUAUUUUAUUGAAUCUGUCAAAGACAUCGAACACCUAGAACAGUUUCAGCAUCUAUCUGAAUGCCUCAAGCAAUUGUCUUCAAAACCUGGGCCAGUGAUUACACCUACUUCGAUGAGUCUGCAGGACUUAUGUCAAGGUGUUAACAACAAAAAACCAGACUGUCUGAAGGAACUAAUUAACAGAUACAGUGAAUGGGAUGAGUCAACUUUAAGUUACGUAGAAAAGAACCUAUCAUUACUGGAUAGAAAUGAUUGCUUCAAUUUAUUAGACAUCCUUACAUAUGUGCUCAAACACUCAGAUAAGGAAAGUUACAAACAACAAGUGUACUCCGUCACUAUGAAAGGUAUUCUUCUUCAAAAUAUACCAGAUGUGUUUCAGAUCGUCCUAGAGUAUAUUCUCAAAUAUGAUGCAAGUGCAGACUUGGAAUCGCAGUACACUGAAAAGAACUUUCAACAUUUUAUAGCUCGCAAUCCAAAUUUUAAAUCUCCAAAGAAUCUUCGAGUAAUUUUAUUUUUUAUCGUUCAGAAUCCUAAAAAAAUAAUACUAAACUUAUUAAAAAUUACAAUUGGACAUCCUGAUUAUCCAAAUAUAAUGAUCUUGCCAGAUGAUUUACUUCUUCUAUCAACAAUCAUGCAAAUACGCAUCAAUGAUAAGGAGACUCUAUUAGUAAAUGCUUUAAUGGAAAUCUGGAAGGAAUGCAAAAGUUGGAAUAUGAAAAAGUUUACAGAUUUAAUUCAAACUCUAGUGCACAGACAACUGUACACGGCUAAUGACAUAAUCAACAAGAUUUUUAUACCUUACCUGGAAAGCGACCAAUUUACAGUAACUAAUUUAAAAUCCCUUCUAAACUGUGUUCGAACAAUGAGAAAUUCUUAUACAAGGAAAUUACGUGCCCAUACCUUUCUUGUGGCAAUUGUUAAGAAAAUUUUUUUUCUACGAAAAGACAUUAAGCUUCCAAAGUAUCAAAGUUCCGAGUUAAUCUGCCUAUUAAUCAGGACAAUUGAAGAUCUUUUCAACGAUGAGGCAACGUGGCUCGACCAAAACAAAAGAUUCGAACUUAUUGAGCGUUUAUCAGAUUUUCCAGAACCUGUGGAUAAAUUACAUCUAGCACCUUUAUGGUACAUGACCAGAAGUGGAGUGGACGUCACAGAAAUAAUACAAGAUUACGAACGACGUUGUUUCACCGUAAUGAACAAAGUGAAAGAAGACCAAAAGCUUAAUGAAAAUUUAUGUAAAUUCCUGAAAGACUUUAGCUUCCUGCGAGACGACUUCCUGCGACACUUGAUCCUCCGUUGCACUGAAGCAGAGUAUAUGACAUUGGGUAGCCAAGCCACAAUAAUACAUUGGGAAUAUUUUAAUUGGAUCAGGGAAAAUGAUGCCUACAAUAAUUUUCUACGAAUCACCAUGGAAGCAUGUCUCCUUUCUCUAGAGUAUCCAAAGUCCAUUUCACCAGAGACAUUUUCCUUCCUAAUAAAAUGUUCGGUUAAAUUCACAAAAUGGUAUUCCAGUAUCAACGUGAUGAUGGAUUACGAAUUUGUGAAGGAGUCUUUGAUCAAGAAUAUUAAAAUCCUAGAGGACAGCAUCAAGCAUUCCACCUUCUCUGACUUAUAUAUUCAGCUAAUGGUAUGGAUAAGCAACACGUCCAGAAAUGAAUCAGCAAAGGAAUGUCUGCAGGAGUUGAUUCAAGCUUUGCAGAAUUUUGGGAAUCAAUGUCUGGAACUUAAUCACGAAUCUAUAUCCUAUGACAACGCACCAUCUACAAAGGCUAGAAGAUUUCACAUUGCACAGGAGUUUAUUUCAUUGUGCAUGACAGUGCAUGCACCAGAAGUUUACAAAUGUCUUUCAGUGAUGGACAGAGUUUUGUACCCAGAACAUUACAGCGAGCUAACAUCAAAGUGAAAUUUUUUAAAGUGAUAGAAUAACUUUCGACAGCGUAUUUGACUAAGCAGCUGUUUAAAUGUAUUCGAUGAAUAGACUUUCAAAAGCAGUGAACGAAUUCACUAAGUCUUAUAAAUAGACUGUUCCUAAUCUGCUAUAAAAUAUUUUCUUAAAACACGUUAAACUUUACUUCUUAUACCAACUCAGUGUACAUUAUUCAGUUACAAAAAUGUAUCAUAAAUGUAUCAUUUUCGAUAAAACAUACAUGUACGAGCUAAAGAGUAAUUUGGAAACGAUCCAUUAAAAUUCAAAAAGGUGAAAGAAAUUAUUAUAAUUUUUUUUCUCAAAGAUAAACGAGCCUCGAGUAUUUUAUAAUUUUAUGUAUUAUAUAUUUCCUUAAGUUGCGAACAAAUAAUUGUUUGGCGUUAUUAAAAUCACAAGCGCAAUAAUUAAUCAUAAAAAUGUUGCUAUGACGUUAUCAAUGUAAUACAACUGUCGUUUAGGAUCAUCAGUUAUGCAAUGUGUAUUAUUUCAAAUACACCAUUGAUUCUUCUAACAGGAAAA